AUGGAUCAUCAUGAAAAAACAAUCAAUAAUACUGAAUCAAUUCAUUAUGUUACAAAUUAUGUAACAUUUCCAUCAAUUAAAGAUCCUAUUUAUCAUACAAGUCAACAAAAUAAUUACAUUCAUAAUAAUAAUGAUUAUUAUCGUAAUCUUCAUCAUCAUCAUCUUCAUCAUCAUUAUGAACAUAAUCAUCUUGAUCCUUCUCAACAAAGACAUCAUUCAUCUUGUAAUAAUCAAUUACAACAACCUUAUAUACAUUAUACAGUAGAUACAGAUGAACAUCUAUUUCCAAUCAAUGAUACACCUUCAAUGACUACUACUAAUAAUACAACAUCAUAUAUAGAAGAUAUCAAUGAUAAUGAAUUAUCUUUUAAUCAUAAUGUAACUAAUGUUUCAGCAACUGCUACUGCUACUGCAGCAGCUGUGGCAGCAGCGGCGGCGGCGGCUGCUGCUGCUGCAUCUGCUGUAGCAGUAACAACUGGAGUUGUUGUCACUCUACAUAAUACAGAUUAUUCUAUCAAUUCUUAUAUUCAUCAACCUAACUUAUCAUCUUCAUCAAAUUAUAAUUAUUAUCAAUAUUAUUUAAAUGAUCCACAAUAUCAACAUCAUGAAUCCAUUGAUUUAUUCACAUUACAUCCUAAUCAUCCAAUACAACAACAACAACAACAACAACAAGAUAUUGAAGAUGUUAAUAACAGAAUUGAUACUACAUUUACACCUACUACUUCUAACAAUAAUCGCAGUAGUAAUGAUCCUAUGGUUGCAACAACAAAACAUACUAUUCGACAUUCAAAUGAUAAUCGUAUGAAAUCACAAACAAAAUUAUCUAUUUCUGAUGAUAAUGAUGAUGAUGCUGCUGAUGAAGAUGUAAAAGGUCGAAAUCAAAAUAUACUUAAAUCUGGUAUGUUAUGUCUUAUAUGUGAAGAUAAAGCAACAGGUAAACAUUAUGGUGCUUAUUCAUGUGAUGGAUGUAAAGGAUUUUUUCGACGUUCUGUACGUCGUAAACAUUCAUAUACAUGUCGUCAUAAGAAAAAUUGUAUUGUGACAAAAGAUAAACGUAAUCAAUGUAGAUUUUGUCGUUUUCGUAAAUGUUUUCGUGUUGGUAUGAAAGAAUCUGCUGUACAAAAAGAACGUGAUAAAAUAAGUAAUCGUCAUACAACUUAUGAUCCUAAUUCAUCAAUUCAUUCAAGUAUAGAUUUACAAAAAUUAUUACAAGCUGAAGCAAUAGCUAAUUGUGCAAUUCAUCAAAAUUAUAUUAAUAUCACUAAAAAAUCAUCAGAUUUAUAUAAUGAACAAUCAAAUUAUAAAGAAUUACAUGAAAAUAAUUUAGCUAAUAUUAAUGAUAUUUGUGAAUCAAUCCGUACUCAAUUAAUAUUUUUAAUUGAAUGGGCUAAAAAUCUAUCCGUAUUCACAUCAUUAACAAUUAAUGAUCAAAUUGCAUUAUUACAAGCACAUGCUGGUGAAAUGCUUAUUCUUGGUGCUAUAUGGCGAUCAAUUACAUUAGGACCAACAUUGAAUAAAUCAAAUGAAUAUAAAAUAGAAAAAUCAAAAUAUUUUGAACAAAACACUAAUCAAAAUGACAAUAUAUCUAUCAAUGAUACUAUAGAUGAUAUAACUAUUACCUUGGAUUCAAAUGUUGUUGCUAUGGUUACUACUACUACUACGACGACGACGACGACAACCACAUUAACUAAUUCAUGGAAUACUACUGUUACUACUACUACAACUACUACUACACCAACGACUAAUAAUGGUAGUAAUAAUAAUAAUAAUGGAGAUCAGUCAUUACAAAAGAAUCAAAUCAUUGAUAAUACAAUAGAUACUACUUAUUUACAAUCUAUUAAUUAUGAACCACAAUUUAUUUUAUUAGGUAAUAAUCGUAUUAUAUCAAGACAAAAUCCAUUACCAGAAAUAGCUGAUUUAGCUAAUAUGAUUAUUAAUGAAAUCUAUCAACCAAUACAAAAUUUAUGCUUAGAUGAAAUUGAAAUUGUUUGUUUUAGAGCAAUAAUGUUUUUUGAUCCAAGUUGUGAAUCAUUAUCAGAAAAUGGACGUUUAUUAAUACGUAGUUGUCAAUAUCUCAUACAAAUGGAAUUAAUGAAUAUAAUGAAUGGUAAAUUAUAUUUACCACAAGGUCGUUUCGGUGCAUUAUUAUUAUUAAUACCAGAAUUUCGAUCAGUUACUUAUCAAAUGAUUCAUAAAUUACAAAUUAUACAUCAAAUGGGUUUUACUAAAUUAGAUGGUUUAUUAUCAGAGAUUUUAUUGAAUAAUACAAUAAAUGAAUCAAAUGGUAAUAUUGAAUCCAAUCAUUUGAAAUCAUCCAUAAAACAUUCAUUCAAUAAAUAUAUAAUUCAUGAAGAGAAUAAUAAAUUACCAACAAUCUAUUCAAUGCCUAAAUUAUAUUCAACACAUAAUGAUGAUAUGUAUACUUCACAAAUUACUGAAACAUCUACAUCUUUCACCUCCUCCUCCUCCUCCUCUUCCGCUUCUUCCGCCUCUUCCGUUUCUUCAUCUGGAUCUUCAUUAUCAUUAUCAACUGUAUCAUCAAUGACACAUGUUAAUAAUAUACCAAUCAUACAUGAAAUAGAUGAUACAAUAAAUGAACAAUUAACUAAUAUCAAUCAUUAUUUACCUAUCAACUCAUCUACAAUAACAACACAAUUACAUAAAAUGUAUCCUACAACCAUAGAUACAACUAUAUCUAUGAUAAAACAAACGAAUAUUGAAGCGAAUUCAUUCAAUGAUCCUAUAAUACAAUCUGAAUUAGAAUCUAUUCCAUCAAUUCAUGUAUCUAAUGUAUUAGAUUAUUAUUAUGAUAAUAACAAUAUUAAUCAUAAUCAUAAUAAUAAUGAUAAUUGUAUUACAGAGAAACAAUCGAAUAUUGAUACAUUAACACAAUAUUAUCAAGCGGUUCAACCAAUUAUGAGUACAGUAAAAAAAUUUAGCGCUAAUUUCGAUAUCGGUAGCCAUAGCAACAAUAAUAAUCAUAAUGUUAAUAAUAAUGAUGUAAAUCAAUCACUAAUCACAAUGCAUUUAGGUGAAGAAACUUUUGAAAAUAUUUCGAAUUCAGAUUAUUCAAUCAAUUCAAAUAUAAUUCAUUGUUUACCAAAUUUAGAACCUGGUAUGUAUUAUUCAGAUGAUCAAUUCUAUACAACUUAUUCACAUCAUUUAAAUAUGAUCAAAGCAAAAUAUAAUCAGAAUACUACUAUCAAUACUACUACUACUACUGCUACUCAUGAUAAUAAUAAUAAUAGUUCACCAAUAUACACUAGUUACGAUGGAAAACAUUUGACACCAAUCGAUCAUUCUAAUCCAUCCUAUUCCACAAAUCAUUUCUGA